AAGCAGCGGUCGCACCGCGAGCCUCCGGGGCCCGGCUGGCGGCGGGGCUGGGGGGGUGGGGCGGGGGGCGCUGCCGCCGCCGGGGGCGUCGCCGGCCUCGGCCCCUUUGUUCUCGCGCGCUCCCCCUCGCCGCCCACUCCCCUGCUGUCGCGCGGCGGCGGCGGCGGCUCCUCCCGCCCGAGGCAGUCGGGCUGGGCGCCGGGGGCGGGAGGGGGCGGGGGGAGCGCGCCAGCCGCCGGGAGUGGGGGGCGAUGGCGAAGCUCCGGGUGGCUUACGAGUACACGGAAGCCGAGGACAAGAGCAUCCGGCUCGGCUUGUUUCUCAUCAUCUCUGGCGUCGUGUCGCUCUUUAUCUUCGGCUUCUGCUGGCUCAGUCCCGCGCUGCAGGAUCUGCAAGCCACGGCGGCCAACUGCACGGUGCUGUCGGUGCAGCAGAUCGGCGAGGUCUUUGAGUGCACCUUCACCUGUGGCGCCGACUGCAGGGGCACCUCGCAGUACCCCUGCGUCCAGGUCUACGUGAACAACUCCGAGUCCAACUCCAGGGCGCUGCUGCACAGCGACGAGCACCAGCUCCUGACCAACCCCAAGUGCUCCUAUAUUCCUCCCUGUAAGAGAGAAAAUCAGAAGAACUUGGAAAGUGUCAUGAAUUGGCAACAGUACUGGAAAGAUGAGAUUGGUUCCCAGCCAUUUACUUGCUAUUUUAAUCAAUUUCAAAGACCAGAUGAUGUGCUCCUUCAUCGCACGCAUGAUGAGAUUGUCCUCCUGCAUUGCUUUCUCUGGCCCCUGGUGACAUUUGUGGUGGGCGUUCUCAUUGUGGUCCUGACCAUCUGUGCCAAGAGCCUGGCAGUCAAAGCAGAAGCCAUGAAGAAGCGCAAGUUCUCUUAAAGGGGAGUAGGCUUGUGGCAAGCAAAGCACAGAAACUGCGCUCAUCGGCACACAUCUACCUGCGGAGGCUGUUUCCUGGUGCAGGAGAUGGAAGGGGCUACGAGAGGUCUCUGAGAGGCUCCUCCCUCAAUGGCAGCAGAGACCGGCACAACCGGAAGACUUGGAACCUCAUAGAUUGUAUGCCAUGUGUCGUAGCGAUGGCUGAAGGGUCAAGCUCUUAACCGUAUGGAGUAACCAUUUCAGAAAAUCCUAUAAGAAGUUAAUUUUCUUUGGAAAGUAACAGUAUAUAAUUGUACAGUGUAGUAUACAAACCAUUAUGAUUUCUGCUACUUAAAAACAUUAAAAGAGAGUGGUCUGUG